CUGCCGGGAGGGCGGGGCUUUGUGUUGCUCAACAUGGCUGCGCCCUGCUCGGAUCAACAGGUUUGAAGGUGUCCAAGAUGUCCACUCUGCCGGUGAGUAUCAGUGAGCUCCUGCUCUCAUUGGACAGUGCAGAGCUACCGGAGGCGGAGCAAGUCAGAGCAGCCGUCAAUCAGCAGCUGAGCACAGACAGAGGAGGUGCCGUCCUGUCCUCUCUGGUGGACUACUACCUGGACUCGUCCUCCUCUCAGGUGGUGCUCCUCCUCUCCUCCAUCAGAGAGCCUCAUCACAAGCCGCUGAUGGAGAAGCUGAAUGAGGCUCUGAACAGACCCGGAUCUAGACUGGCUGGUCUGACCCUGCUGGGUCACCUGAUCCGGAAACAGCCUCCCUGGGUUCAUCACAUCAGCCGCUCGGCUCUGCUGGCAUCCCUGCUGCGCUGCCUCAAGACGGAGGCUGACGUUGUGAUCCUGAUCUCCGGAGUCCUGGUCCUCAUCACCCUGUUACCCAUGAUCCCUCAGGCCGGAAAGCAGCAUAUCUACGACUUCUUUGACGUGUUCGGACGCCUCGUUUCCUGGAGCUACAAGAACCCUGGUCACGUGCUCGUGGACCACAUGGUCCACCUCCACGCGGCCGCGUACUCCCUGUUCCACCGGCUCUAUGGGAUGUUCCCCUGCAGCUUCAUCUCCUACCUGAGGCUCCACUACAGCAUGAAGGAGAACCUGGACGCCUUCCAGGAGGUCGUCAAGCCGAUGUUGGAACAUGUCAGGGUUCACCCAGAGUUGGUCACAGGGACUCAGGACUAUGAACUGGACCCAUCCAGGUGGAGAUGUUAUGAGGUUCAUGACAUCGUGAUCGAGUGCUCCAGAGUGUCUCUGGACCCUCUGGAGUCGUCCUGUGAGGAGGACAUGUACUCCUACAUCAGAGACCUGCCCCCCUCCCCUAUCCCUCACCUCAACCUCACCUGCAGUCCUCUAAACACAGAGAGUGUCACCAGCUCAGGAGGUUCAGUUUGUCCUCACCUGCUGUCUGAACGUCUGACUCUGAACAGCUCCUACAUACAGGCUGAUGAUGUCACAUGGAGUCCCUCCUCACAAUGUGGUUUAUCGACGCCCCCUCCUGAACCUGCUGCUACAGGGUCCGCCCCCCCAACGAGCAGGACUGCUUCUAUCUCAGGUGUGAAAUGUCCCUCAUCAGCCACCUUCCCAGCGACUCCGCUGACUAAAGAAAAGCAAGAUGGCGGUCACAACAACGACCAGGUGAAGCUGGUCACGCACCUCGAGGACUCGUCCAUUCAGCCAAUCACAGAGCUGGAGGGACGAGGCCGGAGUGAUGUCAUCAAUAACCUCAGAGAGUCCUCCCCCCCCCAGCAGCCUUCCUCCUCCUCCUCCUCCUCCUCCUCCAAGCCGGCCCUCCUCACCUCCACCCCCCGUCGGGAGGAGCCCUCAUUGGGUUUAGCGCUCCCCUCUCCUCCCUGCUCCAUCUCACUCUGCUUCACCCCCCCUCACCGCCCCUCCACCCCCCCUCACCCCUCCUCCACCACCCAGACAUCAGAGGAGGGAGGCUCCGCCCUCUCCGGUCAGAGUCCCGCCUCUCCGUACGAGCUCCUGUUUGAACUCGCUCUGCCGCGAGCUGCCAUGCUCUUCAUCGGGAGGAUGACACAGGAGGCGCUGCAGAGAGCAGAGAAGGGAGGAAGAGAGGAGGAGGACAGGGAGGAGGAGCAGACCUCCAUCUCUCCUCUGGAGGUUUUGGAUCAGCUGAUUGUUCACGGACACGACGCCCAUGAACACCUCAGCAGAGGGUGGUCAGCAGUGACUAAGUCCGUGGAUCGCAGUCAUUUUGGAGGUAAACAGCAGAGCAUGAAAACCAAAGGGCCCGCCCAGGGGGAGGAGCUUCGGUCUCUGAGGAGUCAGCUGUUAUUGGUCCACAGUCAGCUGCAGUAUGAACGUUUCAAGCGUCAGCAGCACGCCGUCAGAAACCGCCGUCUGCUGCGCAGAGUCAUCAAUGGCACCGCGCUGGAGGAGCACGCCGUGGCCAUGAAGGGUCAGCUGAGCGUUCAGGACGAAGAGAUUCGCUCUCUGAAGUCGAGUCUGCAGGAAGAACAGAGACGACACGCACAACUGCAGCAUGACACACACACACACACCACCCAGCUGCACACACACAACCAACAGCUGCUGCUGCGACAACAGGACGAGCAGAGAGACAGGCAGAGACUCAAGAGCGAGCUUCAGGAGUGUCAGAGCAGGUUAAGGGACCUGGAGGCGGAGCUUCAGAAAGCCAAUAACAAGUCUUACAAUGCAGAACACCAGCUGACCCAGCUGUCACUCAAGUUGUGUAGCAGUGAGCAGCUGCAGCAGCAGAUCUUCCUGUUGAACCAGCAGCUCGUCCUGCUGAGAGAAACCAACAGAGCUCUUAGUGAACAGCUGGAUGGAGCAAAGACACACACACACACGGAGGUGUCCAUGCUGCAGUGCAGUAUGGGUAAGGAGUUCCAGCGGCUAACAGACAGCGACGUCCAGCAGAGACAGAAGCUGGAAGCAGCCAAUCACAGGAUCGCAGACCUGGAGACCCAGCUGGCCAAGAAAGACCAGCUGGUCCUGGAUCAGAAGAAGCUCCUGGAGGACACCAAGGCCCAGAGCAGAGGUGAGCUGUCGGCGUGUGAGAGUCGCUGUGAGGCUUUGAGGAGAGUCACACAGACCCUUCAGACGGAGACGCUUCACCUGUACAGCCAGAUCCACCUGGACACACACAGCCGGCCUCAGGACAGGCCAAACGACGGCAGCGUUGCCUCACCAGCUCCUCAGGGCGGCCACAAGCCCCGCCCCUUCUCUUCUUCUGUUAGUAUCAUAAACGGAGCUGCGGAGACCUUCUCCUCCUCCCCCCUGCACCUCCUCUCCUGCUCCUCCUCCCCAAUGGCCGUCGGCUCCUUCUUGGAGCAGCGUGCACGGCAGCUGUUCGGACCGACCAAUCACAGCCAGGAGGAGGAGAAGGAAGAGGGGGAGGAGGAGCAGCAGCAGGAAGAGGAAGAGGAAGAGGAAGAAGAGGAGGAGGAGGAUGAGGACCACGAGGAGGACCACGAGGCCCUGCCAGAUAGCCCUCCUCUGGGUCAGGAAGCAGAGGUCCUCCUUGCAGGGAGUCCUCAGACCUCCUCUGGACCUCCUGCAGACCUGACGCUCGCCGUCAGACAGAGGAGGCACGAGCUCAGCAUCAUGGACUACGAUGAGACGCUGCCCGAGUACUGAGGGGGGGGGGGAUU